UGUUGUUUUGUCGCUAUUAGUGAAAGGAAGCAGGAUGCACACAUCGGUGGGCGCUUUCAGUAAGCUCCUGUGAAAUGCAGAGGCAGAGUCAGCCAACGCCACGAUGGAGUCGCAAUACAAGUUUUUUAUGUAUUUUCCUGUCGCCCAAAUAUCGAGUUUAUCAGACGCAGCAAACUACACAACGCUUCCUCAGAGAAAGAACGUCUACCUCGGGGAGACUCUCCAGUUUCUGCUGGUGUUGCGGUCUCGGGGCUUAACGGACAGGGACGAUGGUGCUCUGCCUGGGAUUAAGGACCUGGGGGGUUCUUUGUGCGCUCUGGCGAGCGUGUGCGCCGCGGAGAGCUGGCGGCAGACACCGGCUGAGCAGUGUGACCGCAUGAGCAGCUGCAGUGAAGACAGCGAGGAUGUAGAGUCCGAGGAUGUAGAGUGUAGGACCGCAGAACAGAGCGGAAGAAGACUGGGGGACAAGCAGACCUUCACACAGUGUAACCAACUUGUCAGUCAUAAAUGCUCACCCAGUAGUGCAGCGAUGCACAACGAGACAGAACAAGCCAAGUCUGCUUGGGUGUUGGAAGACCAGCUUAUCUUCUGUCUCACUGUCUCUUUGGACAAGCUGCCAGUCAGUACACGUAAAGCCAAGAUUGUAGUCACUGUGUGGAAGCAGAUGGAGGAAAAUGCAGAAUUAAGGGAGCUUGGCUACCUGACUCUGCUGCAGUUUAGGAGUCCAACCUGCACCUUCAGACAAGAUCUUAGCACCUUCAAGACACAAGUCAGCACUACUCUGGAUGUUCUUCCACCUCCCAGUGUCCAGUGUAGACAGAUGACUGUUUCUGGAAAACAUCUGACCGUCCUCAAGGUGAUGAACUGCAGCUCACAGGACAGAAUGUGCGUCAAAGAUGUGAAGAUUCUUCCAAACUAUAACUCGUCUUACCUUCCCAUGAUGCCCGAUGGCUCAGUUCUCGUAGUCGACAACGUCUGCCACCAGUCAGCGGAGAUCACCAUGGCUUCAUUCUGUCGGAUAGACAACAAAUCAUCACAUCUACCUUGUAUGCUCAGUGCCCUGGAGGAGCAGACCUUCAUGUUUCAGCUGCAGCUACAAGAGAAAGAAGAACAGCAAUCCAGCAAGGGUUUGGAAGUCCCAUUGUUGGCUGUCCUACAGUGGCACAGUCCAGUACAUCCUGCCAUGAGAUGCAUCUCUACUUGUUACUCGUUACCCAGCGUUCACUUAAAUCGUCCAGAGUUGGUGAUGAUGGCGUCCUGCCCAAGGACCGUCAGGCCUCAACAACACUUCUGGGUGAAAUAUACACUGCUCAACAAUUUGCAAGAUUUCCUCGCUGUUCGUCUGAUCUGGAAUUCAGAGGGAGGAAGUCAGCAGGAUCCCAGUGUGGGAGCAGUUGUGUGCCAGUCUCCACUCAACAACCUGGGCCAGUGUAAGAAAGGCUCCAUACUGUCCUUCACUGUGGCCUUCCAGAUUCUCAAAACUGGGAUUUUUGAGCUGAGCCAGCAUAUGACGUUUACAGCUUCUGUGCCCGCACCGCCCACGGAGCCUCAGUCACCUUUGAAAAACACCUUCGGAGGACAUAGCCUGAGCCGAUUAAAGAGCUUCCCCCACCACCUGCCAUUUUGGUCAGUAAAUCUCAGGUCAGGCGCUGUGGCGGAGCUCCAGACAACAACCUCUCCUGCAGGAACUGUUAAUCGAGCCCCUCACCUGUCCCCCGAUCCCAGCUUUGUUUCACUGGUAAAAAUAGCCAAGAGAGAGUGUAAGGUGCUAGUGCUGGAAUGAAUCAAAGAUGUACACAAAAGGUGAUCUGGACUGUGGGAGCUUAUGACAAAAGCAUCACUGUCCUGUGGCUGUGCUUCAACACAGAGCAGCCGUCACAUCUUUGUCUUCAUCCCAAGAAGAAGCAACAAUCAUACUAUAAUAAAUGCUAAAGAUGGAGUCAGUGAAUGAGGAAUGAAACAUGAAUCAGAGGACUGGUGCUGAUGAGAUUCUGAUGUGAGCUCAGGUUAGUGGAGGGAUACUUCUGUUUGUUACGCUUCUAUCUGAUGACAAAUUCCCUCCAUCACAUCAACAUUUUUAUAUACUUUAAAGAUUUUCUUCACACCUUUUAAAAAUGUUUGUUUUUGCUAAAACUGUUUAACUGUGUAUCACUGUUAUUCAUACACGUCUCUGUUUAUGCUUGAAUCUGUUGGUUUCACUCGAGUUUCCUUUUAGGAUCAUCGAGUCAGGCUCAACAGCGUAAAGUAAGCUCCAGUAUGU